AAAUCAACACCAUAUAUAUUUUGAACAAACAAAUAUAGCUCAAAUAAAUAAAACACACGAAAAUGUCACUUGAAAACUGGAAAAACGAAGUUGUUUGCUUGUUGGCAAAUGAGUUUGAAAAUGAUCCAGAUACAUUUUCAAGAGUGAUGUAUUAUUUAGAUGAGGAAGAAAAAACAUAUCAAAAUUGUUCGUCUCCACUCUGGCGAACAUUAAAAUGUUCAAUGCAUAAAAAGGAGUUGUUUAAAAGUUACGCAAAGCGUAUUUCGGAAGAUACAAAAAAAGCUGAAAAAGACGUUUGCUUUAAAAAUAAGAUGUGUCAAGUUUAUGAAAACAUGGUUGAGAUAUCUGAGAACCCAACAGACAUUGAUGAUUUUCAAAGUUUUGAUAUGAAAGCAUUUUUCGAAAAAAGUGCUAUCGAAAAAGCCGGGUUGAUCGGUUUUGCUUCAGCAUGGACAAUUGUACCAAUAAAAUAUCAAAACGAAAUUAUGAAUUUUAUGGAAACUUUGAUAACCAACAAAGCCAUUAUGAUGUCAAUGAAUAAUGCUGUUGGGUUAGUCAAUAAAUAUGGUGGAAAAGUUGUAAGAACUACUCUAGCAGCUGUUACGCUUGCCUACGAUGUUGUCAAAUCUAUUUUUCGCUGGUGGAACGGAGAAAUAUCUGGUCAUCGGUGCUGUAAAAAUAUAGUAGAUUCACUUUGUACAACUGUUGCCAGUGUUGUUGGAGGAAUUAGUGGAGCUGCAAUCGGCACUUUACUUGGUCCUGCUGGCACAGUUGUUGGUGGUAUAAUUGGUGGAAUAAUUAGUGCUUCGGCUGCUAACGCUCUUUCCGACCGUAUGACACAACGGCUGUUUGGAGUGCCAAAAGAUGAAGCAUUAGAAAACGCGUUUCGAUUUUUUAACUUAGAUGUAAGAGCAUCUAAUCACGAGAUUAAUACAGCGUACAGAAAAAUGUGCCUUUUGCAUCAUCCAGAUAAGGGAGGUAAUUCAAAAGACUUUCAUUACGUUCAAGUUAACAUGGCUAUUAUUAAAGCAGCAAAGGGAGAUUUGCAAGAACUUUAAUUUAAAAAAUUUGUUGUUUUUACAUUUUAAACAAUACUUUUAAAAACUACGAAAUAAAAUGUGUGACAAUAUCAAGCACCAGUUUUGAACAUAAUGAUGAAAAUUUUACCAUUUAAUUUUAAACUUCAUGUUAACCUGGUCUAUUUUGUAUCAAUAAAAGUAUAAGAUAGUCAAGAUAAAUAAA